AUGCAUGUCUGUUCAGUAUACAGCUUCAUCACCUUGCCUCUGGAAUGGAAGCACAGCAAGCCUGUGCCAAUACCCAUACAUGGGAGGAGGGAGCUGGAGCCACGUUUCGUUGCUGUUGACCUUGGCAGCCGCUUUGAAGAACUUAGAUGGGUACGUCACUUCAGAACAUUUAGUGGCCAUUGUAAUUUGCCCAUCGCAUUAGGUGCCCUGGUCAGUGCUAUAUUCCGCCUCCUGCAACCGCUGCUAAGAGAGAAGACAGAUGGAGUCAUCAAGAAGUUGGCAUGGUACGACCCUCGGCUCAAUCUCCAAAAGUUCGGCAUCAACGAAACGCUCACACUGAGAGGUGACCUCAUCAUGCCAGAUAUCUGGAAACCAGAUCUAUUUUUUGCUAAUGUCAAGAAAGCCUCGGUGCCGCAGGUCACGGUUCCUAACCAGCUGGUCAAGAUUGCACCUGACGGAAGGGUUUCGUACAGCAUGAGGUACCGUUCUCGCAUCAGGGCGUCAAUUGUAGCAAAGUAA